AUGAAAAAUAUUGGUAAGAUAACAAUGCAUCAGUAUUGGUCAAAACUUAUUGCGGGGGCAUCACUUCUGUUUGUGCUGUCAGUCAGUCAGUGUGCCUCAGCCACAACCGACACCUUGGCUCCAGCUGAGGUCUGGCAGAACAAUGGCACUCUGUAUGCAGCCUGUAAAAUGAAACCAAGUUCCACACUGGCUGAGGGUUUGCCCAAAGUCUAUGGCCAAGUGCUUUUUAGGCAGGAUUAUCCUCAUGGAAAGCUUAAAGUCCUUCUCCGGUUCCACGGAUUCCCAAGUGAGAGGCAGCCAGAGCCCAGAGCUGUGCACAUUCAUCAGUAUGGAGACCUGCAGCGGGGGUGUGAGACCACCGGAGGCCAUUACAACCCUCGAGGCGUCCAGCAUCCCAACCAUCCUGGAGAUUUUGGACACUUUGUGCCCCAACAGGGCAAAAUCAAUACAAUGUUUGAGUCUGAGGCCACCCUAUUUGGCAGUCUGUCUGUGCUUGGAAGAGCAGUGGUUGUUCAUGAGAAGAGGGAUGAUUUUGGACGUGGGGGGGAUGCCGGCAGUCUGUUACAUGGAAAUGCAGGACGCAGGCUCGGCUGUUGUGUUAUCGGGAUUACAUCCUCCAAUCUCUGGAAUACAUACUCCAGGCAGAAUAGGCGCAGAAUUUAA